UAGUUGUCAAAUAGUAAAAUAUUUAUACACCUGUCACAUGUGUACUUCCUAUUUUGCUAAACCUAUUGUUUUGUUGUUAAAUAUUUGAUUGAGGCGUUACUUCGAAGUUUGAUCGAUAGUUGUUGUUCAGUCGUGUGACUUAUAAUUAGUUUGUUAAGAAUUGAAAAAGUUGAAAAAGUGAAUGGUUCUAGGACAAGAGAGAUUUCGUAUGCCCAUCCCGUUAAUGUGACUUUUACCAACACUUGAUUAUUUUACAAUGAAAUAAUUCUUCAGUAUUGAUAAAUAUGGACUCGUCAGGCAGUGACUCCAGUAUAGACAAAUGUUCCUGUGAUAGAGGUUAUAGGUCGCAGGAGAGUGACAGUAGCAGUUCAGAUUCCCCUUCUGCCCCAAAAACAAAAAAGAGCAGAAUAAGCCUGCCAUCUUUGGGCUUCAAUUUACGCAGAGGCAGAUCUCUGAACUUCACAGGAAAAAAAAGUAAAAAAUCCCCCACUUCGGAUGAAAACAAUUCCUCCUCCUCUGGUAACAGUUCCUUAAGUGGCGCUAUGAGGAAAUCGCCAAAAUGGCCACUUAAAUUCCACUGUUACAAAAAGGACCCUAAAGUUGCCCUUCCUAGCCAGGAGGAACAGAACUGUUGUAAAUGUACUUGCUACAAGAGGAAAGAAGAAAAUGCUAACGAAGAACAAAAUGAUGCUCCUACGGUGUCAGAGGUGGCUGCUUCUCCAGAUAGCACAGUCGAUGAACCUUUACAAGAACAACCCCAUGAAGAAGUCACUGUACAACAAGUUGAGAUAAGGGAAUAUAAUGUAGUUAGACCUAGUGAUGGAUUCGAUGAAAGUAUUUAUGGAGUGGCUCCUAUACAGCCCAGUGUCGUGGUUACAGCUCCCUUUAUGGAGUGUAUAAGGACCAUACAUGAAGAUUGCGAUGAGGCUGCAAGGUUGGCAAGGGCGCGAGAAAUAGAGCAGGGCGUAGAGGCUCCCGCGAAUUUCAAGCCUGUACGGAGGGUACAGUUGCUCUGCAGUGAUAUGGAGGCGGAGAAUGGACAGAGACCUCGCAGACUCCAACUGGUGUGCCCCAGAGACCUCAGCGUCGAUUCACUGCGGGCUCUGUUCCACACUAAUGUGACCUUGAAAUCGUGCCCUAUCGAUUCGGUGAAUGGAUGCCACACGCAGGUUGAUUUCAUCCAUUGCCUAGUACCUGAUUUGCUGAAUAUAACCAACUGUAGUUUUUAUUGGGGUAAAAUGGAUAGAUAUGAGGCUGAAAGACUUCUGGAUGGCAAGCCAGAAGGUACCUUUCUACUGAGAGAUUCUGCCCAGGAAGAAUUCCUAUUUAGUGUGUCCUUCCGAAAGUACGGAAGAUCAUUACAUGCUCGUAUCGAGCAAUGGAACCACAAAUUCAGUUUCGACUCCCACGAUCCAGGUGUUUUCACAUCGGAUACGGUAUGUGGGCUGAUCGAGCAUUAUAAGGAUCCAAGCAGUUGUAUGUUUUUCGAACCGAUGCUUACAUGGCCCUUACACAGAAACUUCCCAUUCAGUCUUCAACACUUGUGUCGUGCAGCAAUCACAAGUCGAUUGACAUAUGACAAUAUAAAUUCUCUCCAGUUGCCGAAAACACUGAAGAAUUACUUGAGGGAAUAUCACUAUAGGCAGAAGGUCAGAGUGAAAAGGUUUGACGAUGACGUUCAAUGGCUUGAGCUGCAAAAUAUGUAGAUAUUUCCUUUUUUUGUUUUUAUUAACUUAAUAUUGUACUGUUGAUUUCGUUCCGAUGCCGUCUGUUUAAGAUUUUUAUUUUUAUGGAAUUUUGUAUCAUAGUUUCGAGAAUUUAUGUAAUAAACGUUUGUGGUAUUUUGAAAUAUUAUCCCAGUGAAGAGGUAGUUAAUGCGGAGGAGAGUAACAUAAAUUAGGAAAUGAAUAAUAUUUAAAACAUUUUUUUAUCGAUAAAAUUAUCAAUAAUCUGUUUAUUACUGUUGCAGUUUCUUCUGAUGUUGAAGAAUUUUUUUUCUAAAAUCUUUUGUUAAGUUCCAUUCAUGUUACCAAUAACUUACAAAAUGUUGAUUAUUUUCUUAUGGUCGACUAUCCCUAUUUUGUUGAUACUAUAAUAACCUGUUAUCUGAAAUUGUGCUCAUUUUAAAAAUCAGUUUCUUUUCUGUGAAAGUUUUAAUGAUUUUCAUCUGAAACCAUUAAUAUUGAAAUUAUUAUCGAAAUUUUUUCCUCAAAAGUAUAAUAUGUAUUAGAGAAUCUUAACCCGAUAUUCAAAUAAUGAGUGGUUUGUUUUCACCCUGAUUGGAAAUAAAAUGAAGUAUUCAUCAAUAUGUGAAUCAUUUUUAUAAAAGCUAAAUAAAUUUUAAGUAUUCAAUGAUUGAAUAAUGACUAUUAGAAAUUUUAAUAUUGAUGUGAUGUAAUCAAAUUAUUGCGGCCUAAAAUUUCAUAUAUUUAAAUAUCGUGUAUAUUUGUCCUUGUUCCUCAGUAAAAAAUAUCUUUCAUAUUGUACCUAAUAUUUCAUCAAGGAGUAGGCAAUGGUGGAAAUUUUCCUGAAUUAUUAUGAAUUAAUUAUUCUAUGAAUAUUUUCAACUCAAAAGUUAAGCAUUCCUUGAAUGAAGCAAUAAGUAACAGUUCAGGAGGAACUUCCCCCAUAGGUUAUUUUAUCUGUUCGAUUCAUGAAUUAAAAAAUGCCAUGUUUGAAAUUCCAACAGUAAAGAGUUUAGCAAAAAUAUAAUUAACAGCAUAGGAAUUUUUUUUGUAGAAUCAAGUUCUUUUUAAAAAAUAUUCACCAAACUUCAGUGAAGUUUGUCAAUGCAGUGCUUUAAAUAAUUGUUAACGGAUAGUAUUAUAUGAUUAACUAUGUCUCAAAAUUGAGUAAAUAUCCCAUUGUGAAUAAUAAAUAUGUUUAAUUAAA